CGCGGGGCGCAAUCGCGGCGUCGGCAGGAGGGGGCAGCGCCCGGCCUCCGGACCCAGGGCUAGGCGACCUCGGUGGGGCACAUUCUCGGGCCCUGAUCGCGAAGCCCAGAAUAGCAGUCCCGGGUGGGGGGUGGGAGCGGUCAGUCUGGGCUUUCCAAGGUCACCCCACCCUGGCGCCAGGACACCAGGCCGCGGCUCUGCGGGACCGGGGCUCGCUCGGGCAGUCAGUCCCCUGCCGCAGAUCCACGUCCAGGCGCGCGCUGGCCGCGCGGGGGCGCACGGAGCCGCCACCCCUCCCGACCCCGGCCUGGGCGCGCCCCGGGAGGCCCCGGUGGGAGGGGCCGCCGGAGCUCCCCCCACCCGCACCUCGGGCCCCGCCGCUUCCGCUCGCCCUGGGGCCGCCCGGGAAACCUGGACACGCCGCUUGGGCUCUAUGCAGCCGGGUCUCACAGAAUCAUGGACUGAAUCCAGGUGGUCCCCACGGCACAGAUGGGGAAGCUGAGGCCUGGGGCAGCGGAGUGGCGGGCCCCUGGCCACACAGGAAGAGACAAAAAGGGGGCUCAGAGAGGUCUGAUUACUGUGUGAGAUCACACAGCCAGCCAAGGCAGAGAUGGGGUUCAGCGUCGGUCUAGCUGGCACCCGCUGCAUAGGCACCCUCUGCCCCCUGAGACCCCGACCCUUCCAGAGCCUUCUGCUCGUGCUGUGGACCCUCCUGAACUGUGUUUUAGGGAGCAGCGCUCAGGGUCCGGGGGAGUGGACGCCCUGGGGGUCCUGGAGCCGCUGCUCCAGCUCCUGUGGGCGGGGCGUCUCAGUGCGCAGCAGGCGCUGCAUCCGGCUUCCCGGGGAGGAACCGUGCUGGGAGAGCGGCCACGAGUACCGCGUUUGCCAGUUGCCGGUGAGUUCGGAGCUGCUCAGAAGCCCUCUUGCUUCCCAGACAGCCCUGCUACUGGGCUCCCUGGGGGCUGACCCCCAUCUUUGCUCCCAGGACUGUCCCCCAGGGGCUGUGCCAUUUCGAGACCUACAGUGUGCCCUCUACAAUGGCCACCCUGUCCUGGGCACCCAGAAAACCUAUCAAUGGAUCCCUUUCCAUGGCGCACCCAACCAGUGCGAUCUCAACUGCCUGGCGGAGGGACACACCUUCUAUCACAGCUUUGGCCGGGUCCUGGACGGCACCCCCUGCAGCCCAGGUGCGCAAGGCCUCUGCGUGGCUGGUCGCUGCCUGAGCGCCGGCUGUGAUGGGGUGCUGGGCUCCGGAGCCCUCGAGGACCGCUGCGGCCGCUGUGGCGGCGCCAACGACUCUUGCCUCUUCGUGCAGCGCGUGUUCCGUGACGCUGGUGCCUUCGCCGGGUACUGGAACGUGACCCUGAUCCCCGAGGGCGCCAGACACAUCCGCGUGGCGCACCGGAGUCGCAACCACCUGGCGCUCAUGGGGGUCGAUGGGCGCUACGUGCUCAACGGGAACUGGGAGGUCAGUCCGCCCGGGACCUACGAGGCUGCGGGCACCCGCGUGGUCUACGCCCGCGCCGCAGCGCCGCAGGAGACACUGCAAGCAGCAGGGCCCACCUCCCAAGACCUGCUCUUGCAGAUCCUCCUGCAGGAGCCCAACCCCGGCGUCCAGUUUGAGUUCUGGCUCCCUCGAGAGCGCUACGGGCCCUUCCAGGUGCAGACGCAGGCCCUGGGCUGGCCAGUGCGGCAGCCACAGCCACGGGAGGUGGAGGCUCGGGCCCCCAUUGCUCCCCCACCUCUGAUGCCCACCCUGGCCCCAGACCCCUGCCCACCCUGCCCUGACACCCGUGGUCGUGCCCACCGGCUGCUCCACUAUUGCGGCAGCGACUUUGUGUUCCAGGCCCGUGUGGUGGGCCGCCACCGCCAGGCCCAGGAGACCCGCUAUGAGGUGCACAUACAGCUCAUUUACAAGAACCGCUGGCCACUGAGGACUCGAGAGUAUGUGUGGGCACCUGCCCACUGCCCCUGCCCACCACUGGCCCCCCAGCAGGAGUACCUGAUGGCUCUCCGGCGUCUGGUCAGCCCUGAUGGCACACAGGACAGGCUGCUGCUGCCCCAUGCUGGCUACGCCCGGCCCUGGAGCCCUGCUGAGGACAGCCGCAUCCGUCUGGCUGCCCGGCGCUGUCCUGUCUGAGCCCUUGGAGGAGACCUACACCACCCACAGCAAGAAGGACCCCAUGAGGAAGCUCAGACCCCGCCUAUUUCCCCUCUUACCUUGGCUUCAAGGGAGCUCAGAAAUACCUACCACUUGCAGCGGUGUGAUUCCCUGUCACAAACAGACAACCUUUGUGUCAAGUCAGAUCCAGUCAUAAGCAGGCAGGCACUAGGGAGGACGAAGUGAGACUGAGAAGACCCAUUUCCCCCUCUCACCUUGUCUUCCAGGAAGCUCAUCGCUAUUUUACACUCAGAAGGUUUGUGUUUGUUUUCAUCUUCCUUGCUUCACACUUGCUUAGAGACAGUCACGAACAAACAUGUCACAGAGGAUAGCAGGACAUUGUAAUGUAUCCAUUUCCCUGAGUACCAGGAAGCUCCUCCCUGUUUAACUCCCUAACACCUGUGCCCACAUCUCUCAGCCGUUCACAUACCCGUGCUUCUAUAUUCAAAGACACAGUCACAAGCCUGCAUGCCCCUUAGAAGACAUGCCUAACCCGGCACUGGUUUCCCUUUUUGCCUGGGUUUCCUCCAGUCAACAGACUAGUGUCCACCUUUUUAAAAAAGUUUCAUUUUGACACAGGCUGCUGGCCUUGAGCUUGCCAUCUUUCUGCCUCAGCCUCUGGAGUCGUGGGGAUUACAGGUGUGCCUUACUGUGCCCCGCUCAACCUCUUUCUUAUUCUUAUUUAUUAAUUUUUAUAAACACUUAAAUAAAACAAGGCUCUUUGGUGCACA